AUGGCGGCCCUCAUCUCCGUGCGCAACUUCGUGCAGCUGGCACAGGAGGACCUCAGCUCACCCACCACCUCUACCUUUGCCAGCCACAUGGGCCGCUGCAAGGCCACUGCCAACAGCCUGGAGGAGGCCUUGGAUGCCGACCGAGCUGUGCUGCAGAAGACGAGGAAAGCAACCAAGGCAGAGCAUAGCUGUGGACAAGACCUCAUCAGCUACCUCGAAGCCUACAUCGCUGCCCAGGAGAAGUUCUCAGCCAACUACCAGCUGGAGGGCGAGGAGCAGUUGGCCAGUGCCUUUAGCACCUUUGCUGCUUUCUCCCAGGAGCUGCUGACUGCUGUCAGGAGCCUGUGGCAGAGUUUGUACCACAACAUUAACUUUUCCCUGGAGUCAUUAAUAAAGGAUGACAUGAAAUUGCUCAAAGGGGAGUUCAAGAAGCCCUUUGAGAAGGCCUGCAAAGACUAUGAGAGCAAACUCGCCAAGAUUGAGAAGGAGAAGCGUGAGCUGGCAAAGCAACACAGCAUGGUGCGGGGCGAGGUGAGCGGGGGGGAGAUGGCCGAGGAGAUGGAGAAGGAGCGCAGGACCUUCCAGUUGAACAUGUGUGAGUAUCUAAUCAAAGUGAAUGAGAUCAAAACCAAGAAAGGGAUUGACCUGCUGCAAAACCACAUCAAGCACUGCAGCUCACAGUUCAAUUUUUUCCAGGAACAUUUAAACACAAUGGCAAAACUUAAGAAAUUUACAGAGAAGCUUAUCCCAGAGCUGCAGAGUAUGAAGAUCAGUCAAGAUGAGGAGAAGCAGCAGCUCUGCUCCCUUCAGGAUCAACUGAAAAUGGCAUUGCAGCUGGAGCAGAAAGAGGACCCUGGGAACAAACAGGCAGGGUACAAUAUGCACCAGCUGCAAGGAAACAAGCAGUAUGGCACGGAGAAGUCGGGGACCCUCUUCAAGAAAAGCGAUGGGUUGAGGAAAGUCUGGCAGAAGAGGAAAUGCACCAUCAGCAAUGGCUACUUGACCAUCUCUCACAGCAUUCUCAACUGCCCACCAGCCAAGCUGAAUUUACUGACCUGCCAGGUGAAGCCAAACAUGGAUGACAAGAAAUGCUUCGAUCUGGUUUCCUACAAUCGCACAUACUGCUUCCUGACAGAGGACGAGCAGGACUGUGUUGCCUGGGUGUCUGUCCUCAGCAACAGCAAGGAGGAGGUGCUGAACGUGGCCUUCAGUAAGGCACAGGGCAGAGGGGAGAGCAGCCAGGAGGAGUUGACCUGGGCCAUCAUUGAGGAGGUCAGAGGCAUGCCUGGGAACAGGGAGUGCUGCGACUGCUUGGCCCCAGAUCCCACUUGGCUUUCCAUUAACUGGGGCAUCCUGAUCUGCAUCAAGUGCUCUGGGAUUCACAGAGAGAUGCAUCUCUCCUGCAUCCAGUCACUGUCUCUGGACAAGCCGGCAACCUCCGAAUUACUGCUGGCGAGGAAUAUGAGCAACUCUGGCUUCAAUGAUGUCAUGGAAGCGAAUAUCCCCAGCUUUUCCCUGAAGCCCACAGUGCACAGUGACAUGGCCUUUCGGAAAAAUUUCAUCAUUUCCAAGUAUGUCAAGAAGAAAUACGCCAAGAGGAGCCCUGCUACUCAGUGCUCCAGCCUCCCAGAAGCUGUCAAGCAUAAGGACAUAUUUUCUUUGCUCCAAGCAUAUGCGGAGAACGUGGAUUUGAACGAGCCUGUGCUGGCACCUCUGCAGGAACCUGGGGAGACCAUUCUCCACCUGGCAGUGCUGUUGUCUGAUCGAACCUCUUUGCAUAUCGUAGAUUUUCUUGUCCAGAACAGCGGGAGCCUGGCAAAGCGGACGGUGGAGGGGAACACACCACUUCACUACUGCUGCUCUCACAACAAACCUGAGUGUGUCAAACUGCUGCUGAAGGCCAAAGCCAACAUUGCCAUCACUAAUGAAGCAGGAGAGACGGCCCUGGAUGUUGCCAGGAAGAUGAGACAUUCCCUGUGUGAAGAGCUGCUGCUGCAGGCCCAGGGCAAUCAGUUCAAUCCCAAUGUCCAUGUGGAGUAUGAGUGGUGGCUGGGCCAAGAUGACAUGUAUGAGAGUGAUGAAGACCUGGAUGAGAAGCUGGGUCCUGUGAAGAGGGGGUCUGCCCGUUCCCGGAGCUGCUACCACCUCCCUGCUGCUGCCAUCAGGACAGAGGCAGCAGGGGCAGCGCCCUGGGGGGGCUAGCCGGACACCUGCCCCCCACCGGUCACCCACCUCCACAGCCUGGACAUACCACCAGCCCCCUCCUACGUGCCUCCAAUCCUGCCCCAGCAGGUAAAUCCAGUUCCCCAGAGGGCAUAUCCACCUUUCCUUACCAGCUCAUCCGUCUUUGCUGAGGACACAAGAAGCAGGAGGAGCCCACCCCUGCCUCUGAGCAUCAAGCACAAACACACAUCCUCGGAGCCGGUGCCUUGGGUACUGCUCAGCCAGCCUGACCAGCCUGGCUUCAGGUCAGGUGCCCUGAAAGCCAUGGACCCCCUCUGCACACCUGGCUCCAGCAAAGUGGGACAGCCUGGCCCACACCAAUCCCUCCAGGAGCCAGAUCCAUGUUCUGGCCGUGCCCAGGAUGUCCCACCUCUUCUUCCUUGGAGGAGCAGUUUGAACAGACUGCUGCUCCACAGGGUCCGUGCUCUCUAUGACUGCAAUGCUGAUCAGGAAGAUGAGCUGACUUUCCACACAGGCAAGAUCAUCGUAGUGUCUGAAAAGGAGAACAGCAACUGGUGGAAAGGGUGGAUUGAAGGACAGCCUCACAAGCAAGGUGUCUUCCCCGCUUCAUUCAUUCACGUGCUCAAUGAGUAG